GAGUACACGAUUUUGGUGUGGAGAUAUUUAACCUUUCUAUUGUUUGAACCGUUUUCUGACAACCGCAAACAUUACGAUCACUCUGCUAAACCACCACCAUCCGCAUCACUCCUCUGACCUGGCGUGCGCAAUAUACCACGAUCCCCACGAUGUCACGGCAGGGUCGCACGCUGCUGCCGGGGCCUGGUGGGGGCAGCAUCAUUCCCAUCCAGUGCACUCGGUUGGGGCGACAAUGUAUGGAGAAGAUACGACCGGUGGCCAGACAGGGGUGGGGAACCGCAGUCCACCAACUUCUCUACACAACUCGGCGGCCAGCCACAGCAGCGCCGCGAGUCACCUCGUGCAGCAGCAACAGCAGCAGCAACAACAGCAAGUUGCUGCUGCAGCGGCUGCUGCGGCAGCGGCUGCAGCAGUUCAGCAGCAGCAGGUGCAAGCUCAACAACCUUCGACAACUCAGCAAAGCCAGAAUUCUUCAUCUUCGACGCAGCAGCAAAGCAGUGGGGCACAGGCACAAAUUGCACCACCUUCCACAGCCAGCGAGUCCCCGGGUAGUGUGAGCUCUCAACCAUCAGGUCCUAUUCAUAUACCAGCCAAACGUCCUACUUUUGAUGCGGAGUCCCGGCUCAGGCAUUCGUACCCGUGGGGCUAUGACACAGCUGCGGACACCGCGUACCAUGCUCAGUAUCCUCCGUACGGGCUAGCCACUGAUAUAAAGCCAAUGUACUAUCCUGGUUAUCCAACCGAUGCCAACUUUCAACCACACCCUUAUUAUCCAAAGUACGAACCGGACGCUUACAUAGCGGCAUCCAGCGAACGAUCCCGCGGGGUUACUGGUGAUCCGCCCUCGUUACAAUCAAGCUAUGAGUCUUAUAAUUCGGCAGGACUCAGGCCCUAUUCCAGUGAAACAUAUCCAAAUCCAGGCUCCAGUCUGUCGGUAGGGGUUAGUGGUGUUGGUUCCUGCACACCAUCAAAUCCGUUAGAGUGGACGGGUAACGUUACUGUGCGGAAGAAGCGAAAACCCUACUCCAAAUUUCAGACGCUCGAGCUGGAAAAGGAGUUUCUAUUCAAUGCGUACGUCUCCAAGCAGAAACGUUGGGAACUGGCUAGAAAUUUAAACCUCACCGAGAGGCAGGUGAAAAUUUGGUUUCAAAACCGUCGUAUGAAGAACAAAAAAAAUAGCCAGCGGCAAUCGGCGCAGGGUAAUGGUACCAGCAGCAAUAGUUCCAACCACAACCAUUCCCAAGCACAAACUCACCAUAAUCCACAUCAUUUGACUCUGGGUCUGGGUAUGCCGCCAUUACACGGCAGCAAAAUGCAUCAGUGACCUUUGGAGCAACCACAAUCCCUUCAGCCACAGUCCCUUCAUCAACAGCAGUCUCAACAGCCAUCCCUUCAACAGUCACAAGCAAUUUUAGAACAUCGGCAAUCAAUCCUGUCGCAAACACGAGAGCAGCCACAAUCACAGCAUCAUCAUUCCGCCCACUCUCAUCAUUUACUUCAUCCAUCGCAUCAAGAAGAUGGUGACCAGCUGAAGAUGGAACUGUGCGAUGUACCCACUACACCAAUGUGCAAUCAUAUUGGACAUCCUCACCUGGUAAACUAUCAACAACAGCAAUGAUGGAAGGAUGUACGAUGCGAUUAGUGGUCUAUAAUAAUGGUCUUCUGAAGUAUUACUACAAGCAAAGCAAGUUUAGGGGUAUCAAGCAAUUAUGCGAGUAAACCUGGCUUGGUUUUCAGUUGUGGUAAAAUCUAAUACGUAAUAAAAUUUGGUGGAGAAUGAUUACCAACGAAUCAACGCAAUAGUGUGUGAGAAGAAGGGCUAGUAAAACAAAUUAGAUACCUAAGAGAGGUAGGUUAUUGAACUUGGUUGGAGUGUAUAAAAUGCGCUAAUGCUAUGCCAGUGUGUGUAUGAGAAUAAGUAACACUAUUGAAGGAUUAUCCUAGCGAUGUAUGUUAAAAAAAUGUAAAUAUGAAGUAAAUUUAAUAAAAUCAGCUAGCGAAACAUUCAAUAAUAAGUAAGGAAGAACGAGCUCUAAUAAUAUAAUCUGUAGAGGGACGAAUGGAACCACGAGUUUACUCACCAUUCUCAUCCUUCUGCGAUAGAGUUAUGGUGAGAGCGAUAGCCCCUGAGAUAUUAAUUUAAAAGGAUAACAUUAACUACACGCCUUUAUGGUUUUUCAUUAAUAAUUGCUAUAAUACAAAUUUGUGAAUAAAAUAAGGAAAAUGUAAAGUAAGAUGCAUCCGCGUAACAACGUGUAUUUCAAAAGAAAUAGGAUUCAGUGAGUUGUCUCAAGGAAUAGUUUGUCCGGAAUCAUUGAUUGCAAAAACAAUUAACUGUGAACAGGUGUCAGCAGAUAUGCCAGUUUGUGCGGAAAACCUCUUUUGUUCCAAAUCCUUUGUUUUUCUCUUACAAUCAUAAUUUUAUGAUGUCUUUCAAUGCACACCACUGAAGGAAAACCAAAAUCAGACAAAAUUUUUGAAAAAAAACUGGAAAUGACAAUAGAAUUGUAAAAUGACAGGAAGUGGAAACCUCCAACCAUCGCACACAUGAAUAAACAACGUAGACAAAAUAGUUAUUAUUGAGAAAGACGUUCAGCACAAGAAACUGCUACCAAAUGCCGUGUAUCAAGAGAGUCGACAAAAUCAAUGAAAACAAAAGCAACAGAGACGGUUUAAAAAAUAUAUAUAGCGAGGAAUAGGAAAAAACCUUUAUUUUUCUUAAUGUCAAACACAGUGAAAGGAAAUCGAAUGAGUGUAUUUUAAUUUUAAUGGCUUUUUGGUUUUGGUUUAUUUAUUUUAAUCAUGCACGUAAUAUGACGACUGGUCCAAGGUGAUUAUGAUUUAGAUGACUGUUUUUCAAAUUCAAAUGUAUAGUCAUAUUUCACGCAUUUGAUGCCUCUUAAAAGCUGUUCCUACAAGCACUUCAUGAUGUACAUUGUGUCUACUCUUGUAUUAGUUUUAUAAUAUAAGACUUGUUUUUGUUCAAACACAUUAAGGAAACUUGUUCAGCUCUUGUUUUCGCAAUAGUUUGUUUCAUUUUAAAGAAAAGAUUUCAUUUUCGUUGGUGUGACUGAUCUGUUGAACAACAUUUAAAAUACUUUCAAUUAAAAGCAGUUAAACUUAACUCUCAGAAGGAACGAAAACUGAGAAAAAAACAUUUGUGGAGUUUUUUCUAGUUCAUGUUCAAUUUAAUGAGGGAGAAUGAAGUUGGCUUUCUUUUCGUUCUACUACUUUGCAUCCAUUAAAUUUAUUACAAAUCAGUUAUCUGUUAGCAGUUUUGAAUUCAUACCUCUUAUUGUUGCAACGUUUCCUUGGCUUUAACAAGUUUUGCAAUUAAUAUAUUUUUGUGAAAGAUUGCAACAUCCACCAGUGUUUGUUUUAUGAAUGAAAAUGCUAAGCGCAUUAGUAUCAUAAUAGACAGAAUAAACUUUGUUUUAUACAAGUAAAAGACGUAUGUGAAACAAGUCCGGGAUGAUUGCAAGUCAGCUAGUUUCUAUUUCUGUUUUUGUGACUAAGACAGUAAAGAUUUAUUUAUGUAUUUGUUAGGAUGAUUUUGUAAAUAUUUAAUAAAAUAAUCAAAUAAUAGACAUAAAUUGAUUUUGUUUUUGCCAGAUUUGUUUACUUAUUGGAAAUCAGACACGAAAUAAAUAUAAAUC